AUUGUCAAUUUCUUGCGAAUACAAUGCUAUGUUAAGCAGAUGCACAGUUUGUUUUAUUUUUGUGAUUAAAUAAGAAAAUAUGGGUUUCCUUAGCAUUAAAUUUAAUUAAUUUAGUGUAAUUUUAAUCAUAUAUGCUUCUAAAUUGCUUUUCAUAACAGUGUUGUACUAUUGACACGACCAAAAUGGAUGAUGUCGGCAGCGAGAUUGGGCAGAAAAUGCGGUCUGCCAUCAAGGCCAAGCUGACAGAACUGGGCUGCUAUGUUGAUGAUGAGCUCCCAGACUACGUCAUGGUGAUGGUGGCCAACAAGAGGACCCGGGCUCAGAUGGAGGACGACCUCCAGCUGUUCCUUGGAGACAACACGGAGCUGUUUGUUAACUGGCUACAUCAAGUGCUGAAGAAACUACAAGAAGUCACUGUCACUACACCUUUGAAACCAGCUGAGAAAGAGAAAAGUAAAGAGAGAUCCAUUUCGAAAGAUCGCAAGUCAAAGGAUAAGAAGGAUAAAAGUAAGAAAGGGGAAACAUUAAAGAAAUCAAAGAAGAAAGAAAAAGAGAAAGAAAAGUCUCAUAAAAAGAAAGAAGAUAAGAAAAGUCAUAAAAGCAAGAAGAAGAGCAAACAUCAUGAGAUGAUAAGACCUAAUGUGCCUCCUUUGUUGAUGAAUAUGGAGAAAGAAUCUGAACCGUCAAUUACCGAUGUGUUUGCUGGGCAAAUUCUCAAGAACCAUGGGAUCAGUUUAGAUGUACUCAAAGAUGAAAUGAAAGUAGUUGAUAAGAAACCUAUUUUGAAUGAGUUAAAGCGUCCCAUUAUACCUAUAAUCGAUCCUGCAACAAUAACCUCACAGAUUGAGCCAGACUCUUCUUCUCAACCAGCUGAAGUGGAAAGUGCCCAAGAAGAACCAACUCCCAGAACUAGUGUAUCAUCUACAAGUGCGCCUAGAGAUGAGCAAAUAAAAGAAAUAAACGAAAUUGAAGCUAAGAUCCAAGGGUUAAAGCAGAAAUUAGCAGAGCAACUGGAUUCUAUGUCUGAUGAUGAGGAUUUCUUAAAUAUUAGGACUGAAGCUGAAGAAUUGAUGAAUGAUUUUGCUGAAGACGUUUUUCAGGAAAUAUCAUCGCAAGCACCAGUUGCAACUCCUCCCCUAGUUCAUAAAUCCAAGUCACCUACACCCCCAUCAAAACCCAUAGAAGUUCCAAAACCAAAACCCAUUGAUCCUGUAGAGAUUCUUCCGCAAAUAGAGCUGAAACUCCCCAAGAGACCGGUGCGGGAAAGACUAGGAGCCAGAGACCAAAAGAAGGUUCCAGAGAAAAAGGAAGCAAGUAAACGGACGGAAAGUCCUGAAAGGUUAACACCAGAGAGAGAACCUGACUUCCGACCCUCAAAGUCGGCUAAAAGUCGUCUCGGCGAUCUACCCGAGAAAAGGACGUCCUUGUCUGAUGACAGCUCUUCUGACAAGUCAGAAUCAAAAAGAAUUACUUCCAAGGUAUCAGUGCUGGCCAAUCGGCCGUCCCGUCCUAGCUGCGCGUCGGUGGUGCGCGUGCGGCCGCUGGUGCGCCCCGCCUCCAGCCUGCUGCUGCGCGCCGUCGCGGACGCGCAUAAGAGUCUGCUCAAUAUCCCGCCAAAAGUUGACCCCGAGCCUCAAAAGGUCAAACGAGCACUAGUACUACCGAUGCGACGCUGCGUGGACGCUCAGAAGAUAGUGAUCCAGGUGCCGGGGGCGGAUAUACAGACGGACAACAACAGCGACAACAUCAGCUUGGAUGUCGACAGCGAGGACGACAAGAGCUCCAAGGUAGCUAGUGAGACUGACAAAGAAGAAUAUGUACCGGCUCCAAUCACGAAGAAGAUAAUUAACAAUGAGUAUGUCCCGUCCCGUAGGAUGGAAGGCAGGAUGUCUAGUCGUAAAGAUGAUACUCUCAUCAUAGAAACUUUAAAUAUCCACAAUCCAACAAUAGAUAAGGACAAAAACACACAGUUUAUCGUCACAAUGGAUGGGUUUAAUCCCAACGCUUUCUUAGCCAAGAAACUUAUGACUGAAGGGCUCUUAAACGACGAGGAAGAAUUAAAAACAUUAAAAACCAAACCGAAGGAAAAAACAUCUGUUCUGAAAACUAAAGAAAUUGACACAGAGAAAGUUAAAGAAAAGCCAAAAGAGUCAGAUAAGGUAGAAAAAUCUAGUCCAAACCAGAAAAAGCGAGUUAGUGAUACUAGCGAUGAGAGUGAAACGCAAGUUAUAAUUAAACUUCAAGAGAAGAUGAAAACAGACCAUAAAGAAGAAAAGGAGAAUGUCGUUGAAAAGAGAAAGAUUGAUAUAAAAGUGGAGAAAGAUGAUAGUCCCACUAAAAGACGUAAGGCUUCUCCGAUAGUGUUCGAUGUGGAUAAAAAAGGGAAGGAGAAACAGAAAGAAGAAAGAGUGGAAAAGACAAGAGAAAGGACUGAGAGCGAGAGUAGUGACAAACAUGUCGUAGUAACUACGGCUGUUAGUUCACACAAAUAUGAUUCUUUACCACCAUUAUCGGCAGCAGAUCGGAAGCCGGCGCCGGCAUGGUGCCGCUCGUUCCCGCUGUGCCGGUACGGCUCCUCGUGCGCGUUCCAGCAUCCUCGCUGCAAAUUCCUGGCGGCGUGUACUCGCCGCGGCUGCCUCUACUCACACUCCCCCACCGCGCCUACGUCCCCCGCCCCGCAGCUAGCAUCCCACGUGGUCCCAGCAGCGAAUUACAAGACAAUAACACCAACGGCGUUACCGAGCAUCUGCAAAUACUACCCUAACUGCGCCAACCCUGCCUGCCACUUCUACCACCCGAAGCCCUGCCGCUACGGAAAGGCCUGUCUCAACAAACUUGAGUGUAAUUUCUACCACAGCGAUCUCCCAAUAUCAAAAUAUCGGUAUCAAGUAUAAAUAUUGUUAUAUGCUACUCUAUUGAUGUAAUGUUUUAUUUACAUGUAGAAUAUUAAUUUUAUUAAUUUAAAAAAAUAUUAGUCGAUUUUA